AUGCCUCCUCGAAGCUCACUGACCAGCUCGUUCUCGGUAACCGAUGCCAAUAAUGAGGUGGAAAAACGCUAUCGCUCCAUGCAGGAGCAUAUUCGACGUGCGCAUCCGAACCACUACAUCCCGAAGCUCCCGGCUACCGAGGAGAGCUUCCUGAUGAUGGUGAACACCCCGCUCGAGCAACGGGUGCAGCUGUCACCCCCCGAACCCGCUCAACCCCGGCGACCUCAUGAUGUGGCGCCGGAGAGGGACAUCUAUGUCGCGGAUGGCUCCCCGGCUACCCCUCGAGCUCUGGAUGAACCCCACCCAGCUGCGGCCACUGCGGCGGUUGCUCUGGCACAACUGCACCAUCAUCGACUGGCCUCAGAUUGGGAUACAGACAUGGAUACCCAUUCGGAUACCGACUUGAGUCAUCCCCGCUUGCGUGGAGCUAUUGAACUUCCCCCACUCCGUGACCAUUUCAAGCAGGAAUCUCUCCCGCCGUUUACCCCUCGUCCUCGCGAGCUUCUUCCAUCCAUCCUCAAUCACUCCCCGCCCGGUCGCUCAUCCACAUUACCGCCAAUCCAGCGGAGAGACAAGUUUUGCCGCCCGCGCAAAUCUUCCAUCACUCAAUCUGCCCGCAAACCCAAGCAGGAUCGCCCCAAGUCAAAGGAAUUCGGGCGGCGACCAAGCCUCGGGGAUCGCAAAGCCCUUUCAGCAGAGCCGCAAACUGCGGCGUGGGCGCAAGGCAAGCGUUGGGAGGAUUUGAUAGAAGCCGCGACGUCAGCAACCGAAGUAGACGAUGAGCCUUAUUCAGAGGCUGGUCGGUCGCCAACGAUUGCCCCACUACUUUCCAACGUGACGUCUGUCCCCUCUGGGGUGAAAAAUCGGUCCUCGCUACCACCCGCUUUCCAAUCUGCAGGAUUGCCUCCUAUCACUUCCCAUCGGCCAUUCCCACCGCAUUCAUACGCCGCCUCGCCCUUGCACAAAUCAUUGACCCCACCACCAUACGAGAACCACCGCAGCCGUGAGAGCGACUUGGAACCAUUCCCAUCUAUUGAAUCAUCGCUCGAUUCCAUGUCUUCAGCAUCUGGCAGAAAUUUCGCAUCAUCGGUUUCGGGAGUUGCGCCGUCUAUAAACUCUGAUUCGAGCCCGGUUAUGAAUCUUAUCCCGUCCAUUUCCCAGCGCCAGCAACAUCGAUUCUCCAAUCCUACCCCGGCAUCUUUCCGCAACAAAGAGGUUCAGGACCAACAAGUUACCCUGGUCCUCGCGGGUGUCCACGAUGCCGAACGGUGGGAGGCAAAUGGAAAGCCUUCCAAAUCGACAUCAAGUGAACGACCUCAAUAA